ACCAUGCGGUUAUCCUUUUGCCUCCUUUUACUUUGCGGACUGCAGCUCUGUAUCCUAACUCCCAUCGAGGCCAAUGACUUUUCCUCUUUUCUCAGCGCCAAUGCUUCACUAGCCGUUGUGGUGGAUCACGAGUACAUGACCAUGCAUGGCCAGAAUAUUAGGGCCCAUUUUGAGAAAAUCCUGAGCGACAUAAUUCGGGAGAAUCUGAAAAAUGGCGGCAUUAAUGUUCGAUAUUUCAGCUGGAACUCAGUGCGCCUCAAAAAGGACUUUUUGGCUGCUAUCACAGUAACGGAUUGCGAAAAUACCUGGAAUUUUUACAAAAACACCCAGGAGACCUCAGUGCUUCUGAUCGCCAUCACUGACUCGGAUUGCCCUCGACUUCCACUGAAUCGUGCUUUAAUGAUACCCAUGGUUGAUCAUGGCGACGAGUUUCCGCAGAUCAUACUCGACGCGAAGGUCCAGCAAAUUCUUAACUGGAAGACUGCUGUCGUUUUUGUGGACCAGACCAUAUUGGAUGACAACUCGGUGCUGGUAAAGUCUAUUGUACACGAAAGUACCACUAAUCACAUCACCCCAAUCUCCCUGAUCCUGUACAAAAUCAACGACUCCCUGAAGGGACAGAAGAAAAGGUCAGCUCUUCGUCAGGCGUUAGCCCAGUUCGCUCCUCCCAAGCACGAGACGAAAAAACAGCAGUUUAUGGUUGUUUCCAAGUUCCACGAUGACAUCAUCGAGAUUGCCGAGACACUUAACAUGUUCCAUGUGGGCAACCAGUGGAUGUUUUUUAUUCUGGACAAGGUCCGUCGGGACUUUGAUGCCGGCACAGUGACCAUAAAUUUGGACGAGGGCGCAAAUAUAGCUUUCGCGCUCAAUGAGACCCUUCCCGAUUGUCAGGACACUCUUAACUGCACCAUUUCAGAGGUAAGUCUAGCCCUGGUCACUGCCAUUUCCAAGAUGACAGUGGAGGAGCAGUCCAUAUACGGCGAGAUCUCUGACGAGGAAUGGGAGUCCAUUCGCUACACAAAGCAGGAGAAGCAGGCGGAGAUCCUGGAGUACAUGAAAGACUACCUGAAGGCCAAUAGCAAGUGUGCAAGUUGCGCCAGAUGGCGGAUCGAAACAGCCAUCACCUGGGGAAAGAGCCAGGAGAACCGGAAGUUCCGCGUAGCACCCACACGCGAUGCCAAGAACCAAAACUUCGAAUUCAUUAACAUUGGCUACUGGAGUCCUUUGCUGGGAUUCGUUUGCCAGGAGCUUACCUUUCCCCACAUCGAGCACCACUUCCGCAACAUCACAAUGGACGUGGUGACUGUUCAUAAUCCUCCCUGGCAAAUACUAACCAAAAAUCGUCAUGGGGUCAUUGUGGAGCACAAGGGUAUUGUCAUGGAGCUUCUCAAGGAACUAAGUCGCGCCUUGAAUUUUAGCUAUUACCUGCACGAAGCCUCCAACUGGAAGGAUGAAUAUUCAAUUACCACAAGCACGAGCUCCAAUGAGACCGACGAACUGGCGGGGUCGAUGACUUUCCGGAUUCCCUACCGCCUCGUUGAAAUGGUGCAAGGAAAUCAAUUCUUUAUGGCCGCGGUGGCAGCCACUGUGGAGGAUCCCGACCAGAAACCCUUUAACUACACCCUUCCGGUCAGCGUACAGAAGUAUUCCUUCAUCACCCGUCAGCCCGACGAGGUGUCCCGCAUUUACCUCUUUACGGCUCCAUUUACCACGGAAACCUGGGCGUGUCUGGUGGGCAUCAUACUUCUCACAGCACCCAUGCUGUAUGCCAUCAACCGCCUGGCUCCGCUGGAGGAGAUGCAAAUAGCUGGCUUGUCCACUGUUAAGAGCUGCUUUUGGUACAUCUUUGGAGCUCUAUUGCAGCAGGGUGGAAUGUACCUGCCACGAGCCGAUAGUGGCCGCCUGGUUGUGGGUUUCUGGUGGAUCGUCGUGAUUGUCCUGGUUACCACAUACUGCGGCAACCUAGUUGCCUUUCUAACCUUCCCCAAGUUCCAACCGGGUGUUGACUACCUAAGUCAGCUAUCCCGACACAAGGAGAUCUCGCAGUAUGGCCUACGAAACGGAACCUUUUUCGAGCGUUAUGUGCAGACUACGACACGGGACGAUUUCAAGCAAUACAUAUCACGAGCUCAGAUCUAUGGCAACUCUCAAGACGAGAACAUCGAGGCGGUGAAGCAAGGACAUCGCAUCAACAUCGACUGGCGCAUUAACUUGCAACUGAUUGUGCAGCAGCACUUCGAACGCGACAAAGAAUGCCGCUUUGCCCUGGGCAAGGAGAGCUUCGUGGACGAGCAGAUUGCCAUGAUAGUUCCGUCCCACAGCGCAUACCUAAACCUCAUCAAUAGCCACAUAGACAGGCUGUUCCGCAUGGGCUUCAUGGAGCGCUGGCACCAGAUGAACCUGCCCAGCGCCGACAAAUGCACCGGCAAGAGCUCCCUGCGACAGGUGACGAACCACAAGGUGAACAUGGACGAUAUGCAGGGCUGCUUCCUGGUCCUCCUUCUUGGGUUUAUGGUGGCCUUUGCUUUUGGAUGCUGUGAGUUUUGGUACCAUCGUUUCUACGUUCACAAAACCAGUCGCCAGCCACCGAGCAGCGUCUUUACCACUUGAAAAACAUUUUUCGAAAUUAGGGUGUAUUGUUUAAUGUUUGAAAUUACUUUAUGAACAUCAUUCUGCAAUAAAACAUAGCGACUCGUUCAUCAUUCCCCGACUAACUGUUUACGUGGAGUUGGCG